AUGACAUUAUUAACCAACGGUCAUGGCAGUCCGGACCUCCUCAAGACUCUCAGGGGCAUCAACGCCGAAUCAUUUAGCAAUGAUGCAGAUCGCGCCAAAGCUGUUGUUGAAGUUUACUCCUUGCUUGCUCGUCUCGAGACGCCAUGGGAGUCUAUCGCCAGAUUAUGUAUGGGCCAGCCAGCUUUGGGCGCCGCUUUGAAAAUCGGAAAAGAUCUGCAGCUUUAUGAGAAGUGGCAUGAACGCGGCGAUGAGGCGAUGACCAGCGAGCAACUUGCAAAGAUCGUGCCCUGUGAUCAUGCUCUCCUUUCCCGCCUUCUUCGUCACUUAGCAGCAAAUCAUAUGCUUCAAGAAAUUUCGAUUGGUGUUUUCAAGCCGACAAAGUUCACUAUUGCCCUUCUUCAGCCAGCCUUUGGGGAAUGGAUCAAUCAUCUUUACGAUGCGACCAUUCCCUGCUUUUUCAAAUUGCCCGAGUAUCUGGCAGAGACAGGCUAUAAGAAUCCUGUGGAUCCUGCCAACGGUGUCUUCCAGUACACAAAAGGCUGGAAAGGAGACAUGUUCAAUUAUUAUGAAGCUCACCCCAGAGAAGGAGAAUCUUUCAAUCAUGUCAUGGGUGGUGUAAUGGCCAACCAAGCGGGAUGGCUGGAAAUAUUUCCGCAUGAAACUCUGCUCAAUACUGACAAUGAUCUUCCUCUCUUAGUAGAUGUGGGUGGGAAUAUUGGCCACGACCUAGAAAGAUUCCGUCAGGCUCAUCCCGAGACAGCCGCACGUUUGUAUUUGCAAGAUCGACCAGAAGUUGUGAAGCUCGCUAAGUGUCCAGAGCCAGUCAACAAAGUUGGCUAUGAUUUCUUUACCCCGCAGACUAUCAAAGGAGCGCGCGCAUAUUACAUGCACGGUGUCCUCCACGAUUGGUCUGACGAGCCGGCUCUUAAGAUUCUCCAAAUGCAGAAAGACGCAAUGACACCCAGGUACAGCAGACUUCUAAUUCACGACCACAUUGCUCCCGAAUCUUUGGCACAUUCUCAUACUACAGCUUACGAUCUUACUAUGAUGGUGAUGGUGGCUGGUGAGGAAAGGAGUGAGACACAUUGGCGCGAGCUACUGAAGUCUGCUGGCUACCAGGUGGUAAAGAUCUGGGCAUCCCCACUUACUGUACAAGGUAUCAUUGAGGCCGAGAUUAUCACGUAG